AUGGGAAGUGUAUGUGAAGGUUAUAACCGUGAUGGCGCAGUGAACUAUCAUCAUCUAUUGUCAUCAUUGUCACCAUUACCGUCGUUGCCAAUUGUCAUCAUCACCGUAUUCAACAAUCAUCCUCCAUCCUAUUUGCUUAUUCAUCAUCACUUACUUCAUCGAGUCUCACCAUCGAUGGUGGAUUUGCUCCCGCCGAUUGUUCUUUCACGCUACUCAUCGCAUACAUUCAUAAUAUGA